AAUUACUUACCUAAAUUUCAACCCUAUGGAAAAGAAGAUAAUUGAAUUCAUUUAGGAUUGUCAAACUAAUAUUGGAAAUUGCUAAGAUCUUUCUUAAAUGGAAGAAAUAGUUCAUCAACUUAUCUCAAUUGUUUACUUUCUUAUUGAAUAAGGACAAUAAACUUUUGAAGAGGAAAAAUAAAAAUAUUAGACUCUAAAUUAGGAGUUUUUAAACUUAUAAGCACUCUACAAAGAAUCAUUACAGGAAAUUGAGGCACUCAAAGUCCACCAUAAAUAAGAUGUGGAGGAAUUCUCAAUAAUAGAGGAUAGAUUGAUAAAAUAAGAAUACUUCAUUGAAAAGGAGAAGGAUGAAUAACUUUAUAAUAUGAAAUCAAGCACUAAUGAAAUGAUGCAAUCGUUGAGAAUUCAAUAAUUUUAAUUAGAAAAUGUAAAAAAAUAAAAUGAAGACCAGUAAAUGGAGAUAAAGGAACUAAAAAAGCUAUUAAUAUAACAAAAAUAGUCCAAUAUUGAACCUGCCGCUGUUCAAGAAGAAUCUAAACUACAAACCUAAUUAAUCCUUAAGGGAAACAUAAAUAGUAGAUCUUCGUGUGGAAGUGUGAUGGUAAAAUAGUAAGGAAGCUGCUCUAGCAUAGAAUUAAAUCAACAAUCUAAUUAAAAAGAAAAUGUAUAAACAGAAAAUUGCUCUUAAACCAUUCUAUGUGGAAGUAGUCUUAAAGAAGCGGGUCAUCUUUUGAAAUAUACUCAUUGUCAUUCUAAAAAUUAAAGCAUAAAUUGGGUUAAGUUAGCCACAAUUGCUUAAACUCAACAAUCCAUAUCCAACAGUGACGAUGAAGAUUCUGUCUGCUAAAAAUCUGUUAGGAGGUUAUCAAAAGAUUUGAGCACUGGAUACGAGCCGUUAUUAUUUGGCAGCAGAAACCCUUACAAAGACUAUUAUUCUUUGAUAAGCCAAUCAGUCAAAUUGAACCUAAAUCAGACAAAAUAUUAUGUUGUUAAUGUGGACAUGCUUUACGAUUAAUUUUUGGCGGAAGGUGUUCCAUUCCAUAAAUGGUAUAACAAAAUAAAAGAUUAUAUUUUAAGAUAAGCUUAAUGA